AUGAAGAAAUGGCAAUUACAUCUACUCACAACAAACACCAUAUCCUUCCCUCUUCUUGAUUAUCUCGUCCUGUGGAAUCUGCCAUGUCUAAAGAGUAUUGAUGGCGGUACUACAAUCACAACUACUUCCAUCCAUGAUCAGUUCAAGUGUUCUCAAGUCGGUGUUGCUUCUUGGUUCUUAUGCCGAUACUCCAAAAGGAUUGAGAUAUAUAAUUGUCCUGCCCUAUCAAGAGUGUUUCCAUGCUCUGUAGUGGGACAACUGCAUAAGCUUGAAGAGUUGAGAAUAUGGAGGUGCAAAUCAAUGGUGGAGAUAUUUGAAAUUGAAGGGGCCAACAGCAAUGGUGUUGAUAGUACUACUAAUGUUGGUGAUGGAAGUGAUGAUACUUGUACUGCAAUCACCAUCCCAAGGUCCGCAAAUAUGACUUUGCUUGAAUUGCCCAACCUAACGAUAUUGAAAAUAGAAAGAUGUGAAGGUUUGGAAUAUAUAUUCACAAGUUCCACACUUGAAAGCCUCAAGCAUCUCAAAGAAUUGACUGUAGAAGAAUGCAAGGCAAUGAACGUGAUAGUGAAGGAAGAUGGAGAGCACAGAGAAACAUCUAAAUCUAUAAUAGUCUUCCCUCGUCUGAAGUCUUUUACACUGGGCGACUUACCAAAUCUCAAGGGUUUCUUCUUGGGGAUGAAUGAGUUCAGGUGGCCAAUAUUGGAAAAGGUUAAGAUUUAUGGUUGCCCACAAAUGAUGACUUUCACAUCUGGUCACUCGAAGGCUCUGAAGCUCAACUACAUACAUACAGGAAUAGGCAAGCAUAGUCUUGAAUGUGGCCUCGACUUCCAGCCAUCAAAUGCAAUGCACGAGACUCAACUCCUUAUGUACUACACUCCAGAUAUGAUAAAGCUAGUUCAGUUCCCGUGGUCUUUUUCAAAUUUAGUUGAAGUAGAUGCACAUGAGUAUGGUGACAAAUUGUUGAAAAGCAGCAUAAUUUUUCCAUGCAAGGAGUUGCUAAAUUUGAAGAAUCUUGAAAAGCUUUCUAUUACCGGGAACUAUGAUGAAUCUAAAAUAGAGGAGGUAUUUGAAGUAGCAGAAGGGACAAAUGAAGAUGUCGAUUUUGAAACACAAUCUGUUGUGGUAUUUGAGAAGCUGAAAGAGGUGACUUUGGGUAGAUUAAAUAAUCUGAAGCAUAUGUGGAAGAGCAAUCGGUGGAUAGUGUUGAACUUUCCAAACCUUACAAAGGUGUCAAUUGUAAGUUGUAACCUUCUUGGACACGUUUUCACUAGUUGCAUGAUUGGUAGUCUAUCACAGCUCCAAGAGCUACAAAUAAGUAACUGCAAGAAUAUGGAUGUGAUUGUGAAGCAAGUUGAAGAUUCUGAAACCAGACCGACUACUGAGGUUGUGUUCCCUUGUCUGAAAUCCAUAACACUUCACAACCUUCCAAAUCUCAAGGGAUUUUGCUUGGGAGAGGAGGCUUUUGAAUGGCUAUCGCUAGAUGCUUUGGAAAUCAAAGAUUGUCCACAAAUAACAGUUUUCACCUGUGGACAAUUAACUACCCCGGAGCUGAAACCUAUCAACAAGAGGGAUGGCAGUUCUAGAGAAACAUUUGAAUUCACAUGUGCAAUUUGGCUCAUUUUGAAGUCAGCUAUAUAUAGCAUAAUAGGCAUCUUCUGA